AUGAAACUCACCAUCCCCCUCCUGCUGCUCUUCCAGCUAAUUGGCAACUGUUCCAGUUCUGCGCUUGAAAGCCGGCAGGUUCUCACUAACGCAGACGAUGACUCUUCCUGUACGCCCUCGAAGUCCUGCAAGAUCGGAUGCUGCGGGCCCAUAGACACAACCACCGGGAAAGGCUUCUGCGGGUUUGGACCUGACUUUUGCGGCACUGCCUGCACUUCGGACUGUGACCGAAAGAGCGAAUGUGAUCCUGGCUGGGGAGCCCAGUGGUCAAAUGCAUCGGCUUGUCCGCUGAACGUGUGCUGCAGCGCGUUUGGAUUCUGCGGUACGACGGACGAUUUCUGCAACGGCAAGAAGGUGAUAUCCCCCGAGUGCAGUGGAACCAGCGCCCACGGCCGAAUCAUCGGAUACUACGAAGGAUGGAACACUGACCGUCCGUGUGGAGCAAUGCAACCCCAGGACAUCCCGCUCGGGUACUACACGCACAUCUACUUCGCGUUUGCCCUAAUCAACCCCACGACCUUCCGCAUCGCGCCCAUGGACGCAAAGACCGCCUCGCGCUACCGAGCCGUCACAGCCCUGAAAGCCCGGCAGCCCUCGCUGCAGGUCUGGAUCGCCAUCGGCGGCUGGGCGAUGAACGACCCGGGCCCGACGCAGCGCACGUUCUCGGACCUGGCCGCCUCCGAGCAGGCGCAGGACGCGUUCUUCGAGUCCCUGAGCAGCUUUAUGCAGAACAACGGCUUUGACGGCGUGGACCUCGACUGGGAGUAUCCUGUUGCAGACGACCGGGGCGGGCAGCCCGCGGACUUUGACAAUUUCGUGACGCUGUUGAGGCGGUUGCGGGAGAAGUUGAAUCAAUCGGGGAGUCGGGUCGGGAUAUCAAUUACACUGCCCGCCUCAUACUGGUACCUCCGCGGCUUCAACCUCGUAGCGCUCGAGCCGUACGUUGAUUUCCUCAACAUCAUGACCUACGAUAUCCAUGGAACCUGGGACGCCCCCAUCCCAUCGCUCGGCCCGCACGCCCUGGCGCACACCAACCUGACGGAAAUCAACCAGGCCCUGGAACUCCUGUGGCGCAACAACAUCAACCCGCACCGCAUCAACCUGGGGCUCGCCUUCUACGGCCGCAGCUUCACCCUGGAAGACCCGCAGUGCACGCAGCCCGGAUGCCGCUACAGGGACGCCGGCCGCGCGGGGCCCUGCACCAACACCGCCGGCGUGCUCUCGGCCACCGAGAUCCAGGGCAUCCUGGCGAGCGGCGGCGGGGGAGGGGGGGGAAUGCGCGCGCGACAGACCCUGGAUGUUGCGGCGGCCGUGCAGAUCGUGGUGUGGGACCAGGACCAGUGGGUGAGUUGGGACGACGAGGUGACGCUGGGCUUGAAGGUGGAGUUUGCGAAUCGCCGGUGUCUCGGGGGGACGAUGGUGUGGGCGGUGGAUUUGGAUGCGGAUGGCACGUUGAUUAAUGGGUUGGGCAGGCGGAUGGGGAAGAAGAAGGAGGAGGUGUUUUUCUUCUAUCUUGACGGCUUGACGGCUUGA